UAAUGGUAUGUAUAGGAACACUGAGGAUGGUUUAGGGUGUUGGUUUGUUAACGGAGCGCUGUUGGGUGGACUUUCUCGCUUUCUACCCCAGCAAGGGAUACAGAAUUUGAUUACAUAGAAAACAGUGAAGAAUCUUCGUUAAUUGGACUGUGGAUCGAGCUCCGAAGACGGUGACAGAAUCGAUGCUGAGCGAAACAAGAAAGAACUACGAAGAUCGAUUCAAUUGACGUUUCAUCGUUUCUCAGACCCUCUUUCAGAAACAUGCUUCGGACACAUUUUUGAAUCGUGCCGCACGAUUCACGCAGAUUGUUCUUUAGUUGAUAAAGAUGUGCGACACACGAGUUUGAGCCUCACCGUACGAUGCAGUCCAUUUAUUGGACCGGGAGGCUGCUGUCUCGGGCGAUAUGGAAUGGUAUAUCAAAUUAUACAACUUGUGCCGAUCCUAACGCGAGCAAACGUCGCGAGGCAUCAUUUAUAUCAGCAGUAUGUGGUUUUCCCAAAGACUUCUCGCGAGGACGUAUACGCAAGGGUCAAUUCGGUGACGAUGCUUGGUUCAGUGCCAAAUUCAAGGCUGUUGAAGUAAUAGGUGUAGCAGAUGGUGUAGGGGGAUGGAGGCAUUAUGGAAUCGAUCCAGGAGAGUUUUCUAGCUUUUUAAUGAGAACUUGCGAAAGACUAGUGUCUAUGGGCAGGUUCACACCUUCCGAGCCAGCUGGUUUAUUAGCACGUAGCUACUAUGAAUUAUUAGAAAAUAAGCAACCCAUAUUAGGUAGCAGCACGGCAUGCGUUAUAGUCCUUAAUAAAGAGACAAGCAGCAUUUACGCGGCUAAUAUUGGCGAUAGCGGUUUCGUAGUUGUAAGGAAAGGGGAAGUAGUUCAUCGUUCUUCCGAACAGCAACACUACUUUAAUACUCCAUUUCAAUUGUCUCUUCCACCUCCAGGACAUUCUGGUCUGGUACUUAGCGACAGUCCGGAAUCUGCAGAUACAUCAAGUUUUGGGGUCGAAGACGGUGAUGUGAUUCUGUUAGCAACCGACGGAGUUUUUGACAAUGUGCCUGACCAAUUGCUUAUCACGGAAAUGCGUAAAAUCCAAGGGGAAAGAGAUCCUACCAAAAUACAAGGAGUUGCCAAUUCAAUAGCCUGGAUGGCUCGUAGUUUAGCUUUCGAUGGCGCAUUUAUGUCUCCAUUCGCCCAAAGUGCUAGAGAGAAUGGAAUUGACACUAUAGGUGGUAAGCCAGACGACAUUACAGUGCUUUUAGCAACGGUGGCAAUAUAAUAUAAUAUGUACAAUAGAAUCUUGAUCAUUGUAUUAUAGUCCAUGUCAUUGCGUAUAUGUACCUAGUUAUACAUCAUUAUAUCCUGUUAUGAUAAUCAUUUAUUAUUUAAAUCGAAAUAAAUGGUUUUGUAAAUCA